AAAGCAAGGAGACUUAUGUUUAUAUCGCCGGACGGUGGUUAGCGCUACCCAAACAAUUAGGUCGUUUUCUUCCUCGAGACGUCGCCUUCCCAUCAACGUUUGGUGAAUUCUUUUCAAAAAUCGAUCGAUAGAUUAUACUCGAUACCCCUCACUCGAGCACGCAUCUAGCUCGUGACAAACGACUAAAAUGCCGUCGAGGCAGUCCACUGUUCCCAAUUUAGAUCUUAGCCCUUCCACCCUGCAGGGAAAUGCGAAGAUCUCGUCUCCACUGACUCCCGGCGCCCAAAGCUCCGACGGACCGAGUCCCCUGACACCCCAUUCUCCCAAGUCUUUAUCAAGUUCGCCAUUUUUCAAGGGGGCAACAAUAAGACCUGUCACACAAGAUUCCAACAACCACAACAACCACAGCAGCCCUACCUCUACCGGUCCUGCUACUGCGGAACCCGCUACCCCAGGCCUAACAGCCAUUCCUCAGUAUCCUCCUUCUCCGAGGGAUUCUCCCAAGCAUUCCCGGGAUCCAUCCCGUUCCUUCUUCGCCAAUCUCAAGGCGCCCAAGGUGUCGCAUAGGGCUCAGAGGUCAGACGGUUCUGGCGAUUCAGGGACCAACCCGAAGAGCCGUGGCAGCUCUAGGGAUCGCAAAACACAGAUCUCAACAAAGCAAUACGAAUCGACCCCUGACCUGCCGGGCACCAUUGAGCGCGCAGCUCAACAAGAACGUGGUAAUUACCCAGAGGAGAAGAUUUCACAGCCGACAGACGCGAAAAAAAUCCUUGCGGAGGCGGAAGCGGCCAGUGCAGCUCGAAAGAAUAAACCGCGCUUUGCAAAUCUACUCUCUCGUUCCCGUUCGAUCAGGCUGGACGAGUCUUCUAUGAACAGGAUAGCGAACAGACGACCGUCCACUAGUCUCAUGAGGUUGGAGGAGUGCAGCAAGCGGGAGGCUCACGAGCCCCCCAAAGCAUCACGUCAUGAUCGUGGUAUAAGGACUGCCGGCAAUCCCACAGCACGCAGUUUCACCUCCGACCGACCUGCGGAAUAUCAUAACGGCUCUGUCCGUAGUAAUAAGAAUUAUGGCGCAUCCAUAGUUCCGUCGGCGUCGCUGAGUCAGGUCUCCGGCGCAUCGGCUACACUUUUCAAUAAUCUGAAACAGUCCUCCAGUGGUGCGGCAGAUCGCAUUGGCAAAGCUGGGAAAGGGUUCUUCGGGAAAAUCACUCGCAGCGGCAGCACUAAUGAGCGCGAGCUGUUUAACGACGACAACUAUGUCUGCUCCGUGAUCAAUCUGCCCUUAAUACAGCAAGCGCGUCGGACUCGGAUAGCGAAAAGGCUCGAAGACUGUCGGGAUAAGACGGAAUUCUGGAUGCCCGCUUUGCCCUAUCGCUGCAUUGAUUACCUCAAUUUCAAGGGCUGCGAGGAGGAAGGGCUAUAUCGUGUGCCGGGUAGCGGUAAGGAAGUGAAACACUGGCAACGAAGAUUUGACACUGAAUACGAUAUCAACCUCUUUGAUGAACCGAACCUGUACGACAUCAACACGAUUGGGUCAAUGUUCAAGGCUUGGCUCCGUGAACUUCCCGAUGAACUGUUUCCCAAGGAGACUCAGGCCAUGAUUGCCGAGAAAUGUGAGGGUGCAACAACAGCCCCGCAAUUGCUGAAGGACGAGCUCUCCAAACUGCCGCCAUACAACUAUUAUCUUCUCUUCGCCAUAACAUGUCACCUCAACCUGCUCCAUUCCUACGUGGAGCAAAAUAAGAUGGACUAUCGAAAUCUGUGCAUCUGCUUCCAGCCUUGUAUGAAAAUCGAUGCUUUCUGUUUCCAUUUCCUUGUUUGCGAUUGGAAAAACUGCUGGCAAGGUUGCUGGACAGAGAAGGAGUACCUGCAGCUUGAGAAGGACAUGGAUGAGAAGGAAAAUUCUCCUUCCCCCCAUGACGGGAUGUCCUACCAGAUCCAACACUCAUCAAUCAGUGAUGAAAGGGCCGUGUCCUCUGGGAGCAGCCAGCCUGCAUUUGAGGAAGAACCGCCACAUCCGGAGACGCCCAAGGUCCGCAAACAUAGGCCGAAGAAUAUCGAAACUGCGCAUACUAGGAGCGUUUCCCAGCUUCCCGAACUCGGUCCCCCUCUUUCUCCCAUUCAAAUAUGAACAACACAUCUUCUGAAGUUUAGGAUGAAGAGGCGAAAAUUCUCUCCUACACUUUGAUUGCUUGACCGACUAGGCUGCGCCAGAAGUCGCACUUUCUCUCUCUGCUUUUGAAGCAUCUCAAAUCUGCCAAUA